GUGGGUAAAUACUGUGCGCCUCAACUUAACAGACCUCUUUCUAAAGCUGCGGACUCCUCCACUGCCAGGCGUACGUUGACCAUGACCACUUUCGAAGACAUCUUAGAGGAGGCCGGGCCAUUCGGUCGGUGCCAAAUGCGAAUUUUUUCCAUUUUCUGUUUGGUCUCCAUACCGUUUUCUUUCGUCUAUGUGGGGAUUGUGUUCCAGGGCUUCACCCCAGAGCAUUGGUGCCGUGACCCGGGCGUCAGUGAGAUCCGGGAGAGAUGCGGCUGGAGCCUUCAAGAUGCACGCAGGGCCACUGUACCCCUGAUAAACAGCUCCGCAGGGGUGGCGUACAGUCAGUGUGAGAGAAUCGACAUGGACUGGAACGCCACCAGUCUUACCUGUGACAAUCCAGAAAGUGACUUUGUCCAGGCCCAGCUCUCUACGCUGCCUAUGACUGGCUGUACAGAUGGCUGGGAGUACGACUAUGAAGGAAGACAGUCCUUCGUCACUGAGUUUGAUCUAGUGUGUGCAGACUCCUGGUAUGUUGACAUGUUCCAGGCCAUGCUCGGUGUUGGUUUCUUAGUGGGCAGCAUUGCAAUUGGAUACAUGGCAGACAAAUAUGGCAGAAUGAAGAGUUUCCUCAUGACCAACUUAUUCAUUGGAGUAACAGGGAUUCUGGUGGCCACGUCUCCUAACUACAUCGCCCUGCUGGUGUUCAGAGCUCUCUUUGGCUUUGGAGUGAAGGGUGGCUGGAUGGUUGGAUACGUGCUAAUCACAGAGCUGGUUGGGGUGGAAUACAGGAGAACGGUGGGAGUGACCUAUCAGAUGAUCUUCAGCUUGGGCCUUCUCAUCCUUCCUCUCUUAGCUUACUUCAUACCAAACUGGCGCUGGCUACAGGUGGUCUUCACCAUACCUUACAUCUGUUUCCUGACUUACUAUUGGUUUAUACCUGAAUCACCAAGAUGGCUCCUCAGCCAAAACAAGAGAACCGAAGCACUGGAGAUCACAAAAAUGAUAGCCAAAGAGAACAAGAAGACACUGUCCAAGAAUUUUGAGACACUAAAGGUUGAAAACACAGACCCUGCCUCAACUGCUUCCUUCAUGGACCUGUUCAAAACUUCCAAAUUGAGAACAUACACGUUCAUCCUGAGUUUCAAUUGGUUCACCAGUGCUGUGGUUUACCAGGGUCUCAUUAUGAGGCUGGGAAUCCUCGGAGGUAACGUGUAUGUGGACUUUCUCAUAUCUGGAAUCGUGGAAUUGCCAGCAGCUUUCCUCAUCCUUCUCACUAUUGAGCGGAUCGGGCGGCGGCUUCCAUUUGCAACUGCGAAUAUCGUGGCAGGGGCGGCUUGCUUAAUCACAGCAUUCAUCCCAGACAGUAUGUUCUGGUUAAAAAGUGCUGUUGCUUGUGUUGGAAGGCUGGGCAUCACUAUGGCUUUUGAAAUGGUAGUGUUUGUGAAUACUGAACUAUACCCCACUGUUAUCAGAAAUCUGGGUGUAUCGGUCUGCUCCACAAUGUGUGACAUUGGAGGGAUUAUAGCGCCGUUCCUGCUCUACAGGCUUGCUGUCAUCUGGCAAGAACUACCUCUUAUCAUUUUCGGUGCUCUUGCGUUUGUGGCUGGUGGACUGGUUCUUCUGUUACCUGAAACCAAAGGUGUGCCUCUUCCAGAAACCAUUGAGGACAUUGAAUGUCCAAACAGAAACAAAGAAAACCAUCUGAAGAGUCAACAGCUGCAGAAUUUGCUGCCCUCUGAUGUGACAUCAAACAAAGACGUUACAGCAGUCUGAGACAGAAUCCAGCAACCUCCUUAACUUUAUUAUGUGAUGCUGCUUAUCACUUCUCCUUUGAGGAUUUAAUCAAAAUUAUACAAUCUGAAAUCCAUUUCUGAUUAAUCAAGUUUGUUUUUUCAUUUCAAAAGUUAAUGAACAAUUAAAAUAUGAAUUUGAUUUAAUAAUCAAGCUGAGAAAGUUAUAUCUAAUCAAAGGACCCAGAUGUAAUUAUUGUUUGUCAUUAACUGUAGUUAAUGUAUUUUUUUAUAUAAGAUGUUUUAUUUUACAUUUUUUUUAAAUGCAUGUUUUUGACAAAAAUGUUUAUUUAAGAAAAUGUAAAAUAACUCACUAUAAAAAUAUCUUUAUAUAUAUUUUAAAAUGUUGGCUUAAAUUAUUCAUGAUAAUAGUAAAUGCUAUUGUACUUAUUUGCUCUGUCACUUUUACUAGGGUUUGAACAUUGUUACUGUAACAGCAAAACUGUUUGUAUGGUGGAGCACAAAUAAAGAGACUUUCUUCAAA